CACACACACACGUGCGCACACACACACACACACACACACACACGCGCGCAUACACACAUACAUACACCACGCACAUACGCACGCAUACACGCAAGCAUACAUACACUCAUACACACGCCGCGCACACGUACGUUCGCAUAUACACAUACGCAACAAUGAGAGGGAGUCAAGGAAAUGCACUGUGAACCAUAUUAUGUUCCAAUGCGUUGAAAACAAAACUCUACCUUCUAUCGGAAAUAUAGAGCAGCCAUGUUGGAUGUUUGGAGUUAGAUCUCACCGGAUCUUCCUCUCUUGUAUGAAUAUUUUGGUUGAGAGGACAGAUACACCAUGAUGGAGAUGCGAAUAAGUAACGUGGCUUUACUGUGUUGGGGUAUGGUGUUUUCGGUCGACUUGCUGAUGGAAACUACAGCUCAUGUCCUCUCUCUGGAUAUUCCCCAUUCCGUCAAAACUGUCGCUUUUGCAUCAUCUUCAUCUUAUUCUUCUCAACAACGAUUUAGUAAAUCUUCCGAUGUCACUGCACUCAGGACAGAUCGUCAUCUCAUUCAUCGUCGGACUCGCUCUCAAUCGCCUUUGAUGCCAUCAAAAUUCUCUUUCGGCUCUAAUUCAGCUGCAGUAGAAGACGCGAAAAAAGCAUCCGAUUCAUUGUCAUCUUUGUCGCUGUCGUCGUCGUCAUCGUCUUCAUCAUCAUUAUCAUCAUUGUCAUUAUCAUCGUCAGCAUCAUCAUCUUCAGUAUCAUUAUCUUCAUCUGUGGCUUCUUCCUCUCUAGCAUCAUCGUCGGCGCUGUCAUCGUCCGCGUCGUCAUCAUCGUUGUCGUCGUCUCUCUCCUCUUCUUCAAACUCCGUUUUGUUUGGACGCCCUGGAGGAAAGGCUGAUUCUGUGACGACAGCUCUCGAAUAUAUGGAAGGGACCUUAAUUGCAUCCGAAGUGGCCAAAUGUGAAAACCUCCCGCUCCUAGACCAGUUCAAAGAUGAAUUGGACAAACAGUCCUUUAAUACAUUUGACUCUGAAGGUAUUGGCCCCGUUCGAGUGGCCAACACACUUACACGUCUCAGUUUAAUGAGUAGCCCUUCUCUUCCGUACCCCAAAGAAAGCAGUGGCAGGGAUUCCUUCCAUUCGGUUCUGUUAGGAGGCUUACUCUCUCAAAGCAAGGUGCUCGCAGGUGCUGCAAUUGUACUGUCAAGAGGAGCUACGGCCAACCCAAACAACACUCGCCACAUCUAUGUGUAUCCAAAAGAAAACCAUUAUGUUACUAUGGAUACCGUUUCAGAACAACGCCGGAAAGUUUAUUCGGCAAUGUUACAGCAAUACCUUAAUAACAACAACCAUACAGUCCCAUCAAACCAUAGCCCGGACGAUGGCUAUGUAAAGCUUUCGGACGAAACUAACAAAAAUAGGAUUCAGUUUAAAUCUGUGAAUUUCCAGGCUGGAUCAUGGAGCCAUAUAUACUUUGACUGUAAUCUUACCAAAUCUUGGCUUCUUUCCUAUGCUGCUCCGUAUUUAGAUUCUAAAGGAGCUUACAGUGGUAUCGUUGUUGUUGACAUUGAUCUCACAAAAGUUCAAAUUAACCAGUGUGCCAGAGAUGGGACGCUCUUUUCAAAUUCGCACAAAUGCCGGCUUGAAACUACUCAAUGUAUUGCUGUGCCAGUGGUUGGUAAAUUUAAACGUGGUUCCUAUCGGUGCCAGUGCAAGCCAGGCUAUUACUUUCCUAUGAUCAAUGCUAGCCAUAGCUAUUUUAAUGGAACAUUGGUUGAAAAUCAACUACUGGAACGGUUGAGAAAUGGAUCUGGUCACUCAAAUCAUUUCUUGGACUCUUUCCAAUGCCUACCAUGUCGUAAAGGAUGCCCAAACUGCGUUGAUGAUCAGCCAUGCUUUGUUGAAUACAACAUUUUAUUAAGAGGCAUACCACUUGGAAUACAGAGUUUUUGCAUGACUAUUACAAUUGUCUUAGGACUAGUUGUCUUUCGUCUAAGAAAGACCAAGGUUAUUUGCAGCAGUUUCUGGGCAAUGUUGGAACUUCUCCUUAUUGGAUCUUUAUUGUUAUAUUCCACAGUUGUUAUACGAUACUUCGAGCCAACUACAUUGACUUGCUUGCUCGUGCCAUGGUUUCGUGAAGUCGGCUUUACCAUUGUUUAUGGUGUGCUUUUACUCAAAAUGUACAGACUAUUGGCAGAUUUUCAAUCUCGCAAAGCACACCGUGUCCAUGUGCAAGACAAAGACUUGUUGAAAUAUCUCUUGCUCAUGGUGAUUGUCGUGCUUGGUUAUAUGGCUGCUUGGACAGCGGUCAAUCUGGAUCAUGUCAAUGACAAUGUCCCACUAGUUACUUCUGGAGUGACAGUCCCUGCUGGCCUCAAAUAUUUUGUCUGCAGAGCACAUUGGUGGGAUUAUGUCAUUGAAAUACUUGAAGUUUUAUUCCUAAUUUUUGGGAUUUACUUAUGCUACUGUGUUCGUUCAGCUCCAUCAGAUUACGGAGAGGGUCGUUACAUUACAAUAGCGAUCUGCAAUGAAACCCUCAUCUCUACAGUCCUCUAUUUUGCAAGACAUGGACUAUGGUUGUCAUUAGACCCAGAUUAUUUGUUCCUAAUGUAUUUUAUGCGCUGCCAGUUAACUGUUACAGUGACACUAAUUUUAUUAUUAGGACCAAAGUUAUGGUAUGUUCACCGUCCCCCAGAUGAGGAACAUAUUCGGCAGAGAGCAUAUUCACAGUCUGACGUCCAUGACAGUAUAGCACAAGAAACAAUGAAACUCAACAUAGGAAUAUCUUCCAAUGGAGAUGUGGAUGUAGGAGAAAUCAAUCUGGCUGACAUGGAUCCAGAAGAUAUUAGAGCUGAACUGAAGCGGCUGUAUACACAAUUGCAGAUAUACAAGACAAAAACAAUGAGAAAAGAUAAUCCACACAUAUCAAAACGUCGCGGAGGUCGCAAACAGACUCACAGACGCUUUUCUUUACAAGCAUUCCACCAUAAACAUCGACAUCAUCACGACCAUGAGCACGAUCAUGAAAUAUCGAAAACUCCUGAGGAAUCUACAAAUAGUGCCGAAGCUGUAGCCAUUUCUAUGGAAACAAGUGGUAAGACAGGUGAUGAAACACACGAAUCUAGGCCCGGGCCAUCUGUAUCUUUUAAAUCUGCUCACAAAUAACAACAGGGUUGAUGUUAGACACAUGGAAAAAAAAAACGAAAAAAAUGAAAAAAGAAAGAAAAAAAGAGUUCCUAAAGCGCUUAUGACACCAUGUGGCUUCUGGUGUCGAUAUUUUAUGUCAGCCACUUCCAAUAUGACAAUAUUUUUUUUGAAAAUGCACUUUUUUUCCCCCUGACAUCUCUAUGUAAUAAAUAUUACAUUCAGAUGACAAUUUGAUUGACCAACAUUACAUUAAAAUUAUAAAAUAUAAAACAACCCCCAUCUGUAGCCACACUACUGUUAUGGCCUCAAAUAAAUCACAUGGAUUGUUGUUUUUGAACCAAACAAACAAACAAACAAACCAACAGACAGACAGACAGACAUAUACCAACAUAAUCAAAUGUCACAAUAGCAUUUUCCUAGUUUAAAAUAUUUGAGUUUGUAAAUUGCAAAUUGUUACUGUAAACUAUUCUCUCAAAUUUCUUAGACUUGGAAGUAUGCAAACAAACACACACGCACUAACACACACAAAUACAGGCACAAGCACACACACACACGCACGCACGCACACACACACACACACAAACAUACAAACAUACACAUGUGCACACAUACACAUCAACUACUACCACAGGCAUGAUCAUAAUUGCAACAACAACAGAAACAAAACAUGAUUAAUUACACAUCCACCACAACUCUGUUCAGAUACAAUGUUGUUAUUGAACUUAUAUCAGUAAUGAAUGCAGUUGCAUUGGCCAGGCACUACAGUGGCAAAAUUGGUUCCAUCAACAACUGCAGAACAAAAAAAAAAACCAGUUUACUGGGAGUCUUUCACAUGUUUUUUCUUUUUUUUCUUUUUUUUUUGGUUAACUAUAAACUGCACAAAAGUAUAUUUAGGUUCAGUAAGAAUAAUACUAUGAUGUCAUUGUUAUUAUACAAGUGUUCAUAAUUAGACUGGCUGUUUUUUUCAAGCGAGUUUUUCUAAUAAUAUUUUGUCACUUAGGCUGAUCUGCUUCUGAUGGCAAAUGAAAGAAAGAAAAAAAAAAUAAUAAUUCCCUAAUUAUUUACUUCAUUUUUUGUUUUAUUUUGGUUUGAUAUUUAAAGAAAGAAUGAAAGAAAGAAAGAA